AUGCAGCUAUUUCCAAGGUGUGAGUUGGCUUGUGUGCUCCAGGAAGAGGGGUUGGAUGGCUAUGGGGGCUACAGCCUUGCCAACUUGGCCUUUUACAAUAGCACCUUCAAGACGGCAGCUUAGAGCAUCAAAGUGGAUGGCAGCACUGACUACGGCAUCUUCCAGAUCAGCAGCCAGCUGUGGUGCCCUGGUGACUGCAGCCCCUCAGAUAAUCACUGCAGGAUGGCUUGCAGCGAUCUGACAUCGAGUAAUAUAACUAAUGACAUCAUCUGCGCUGAAAGAAUUGUGAGAAACCCAAGAGGAAUGAAUGCCUGGGAGGACUGGGCAAUGUACUGCAAGGGACGAGACCUGUCUGAGUGGGUGGAAGGAUGUGACCUGUGA